AUGCCUUCCGCAGUCUUUCCUGAGCAACCAGACCUUGGCCUUAUACAGGCCAAACAAUCUGCUCUGGCGAAGCUGGCCAUGAGUUCCAACAAGGAUUCCCGCGCCCCUUCGUCAUCGCCCCUUCUCCAUUCAAACAAACCAACCGCGCCUUCGAUUUCCGGCGGCGAACCCCCGCCUGCGCCCGUGUCGCAUCCCCACGAUGCCCUCCUCCCGCCUCCUGCGAUGGCGCAUGCCGUCCGCUCUAUGAACGACCUGAACGGCCCCAUCGCCCUUCGCGACCGAUCCUUGAUCGCCUCCUCCGACACACCCCCGGCCAUGCGCAGCGUCGUCUCGACCGCCCCGAAUUCUCCCAGAAUCCCGCCUGUCAGACAGAAUUCGGGAGGCACCACCCCGCGCCUUCGCCCGCACCCCGCGACACUCAACGUUCCCGGCAUGACCGUGUCAAGAGUCUCGCCCGACGGAAAGAUUAGCGAUCGCGAUGUGGCUGCGAAGCUCGUCAUCAUCAUGGUUGGCCUUCCCGCCCGAGGAAAAUCGUACAUCACCAAGAAGGUCCAGCGAUACCUGUCCUGGCAGCAGUACAACUCGUGCAUCUUCAACGUUGGCAACCGCAGACGGGUCGCCGCCGGCUUGAGCUCGCCCAUGAAGUCGACGCACUCGCCGACCGUAAUCCAGCUCGAUCCCCCGGCCCAGGCUGCCUCAAUCUUACUUAAUGGGCACGUGCCGCAGGGCAACACGGAGCCCGCCGAGCUGAACUUGAACAACGAGUCGAUCGACGCAAUGGACCAGUCAGCCAAGUUCUUCGACCCCACCAACGAGACCGCGGCCAAGCUCCGCGAGCAGGUGGCCCUGGACACGUUGGAUGAGCUUUUGGAUUACCUUCUGCACCAGGGCGGCUCCGUCGGAAUUCUCGAUGCAACGAACAGUACCAUUCAUCGCCGUCAGCUUCUGGUUGACCGGAUCAAGGAGAGGGAGCCCAAGCUUGGAAUUCUUUUCAUCGAGAGCAUCUGCCACGAUCAGAACCUCCUCGAGGCCAACAUGCGCCUGAAGCUUUCGGGUCCCGACUACAAGGAUAAGGAUCCUCAUCAGUCCCUUGCGGAUUUCAAGAGACGCGUUGCCGCGUACGAAAGCGCCUAUGUGCCCAUCGGAGAGUAUGAGGAGGCGCAUGAUAUGCAGUACAUCCAGAUGAUUGAUGUCGGCCGAAAGCUCAUCCAGCACAGACUGCGAGGCUUCCUCAGCGGAGGCAUUAGCUCCUACCUGACGACAUUUAACCUUGCGCCACGGCAGAUAUGGCUUACCCGGCACGGUCAGAGUGUCGACAACCGUCUCGGAAAGCUUGGCGGAGACUCGGAGCUGACACCUGAUGGAGAGCAAUACGGAAAGGCUCUUCAUACCUUCGUCACCCAGAAACGCAAGGAGUGGCUCAUUGAGCAGAAGGACAAGAUAGCGCAGUCGUCCUUCCCGCCUAAGGCUGGUGACCACACGCCUCCCUACCCUGAGCUUAACCGCGAACUGGAGGAGAAGAACUUCUGCGUUUGGACAUCGAUGCUGAAGCGCAGCGUCCAAACCGCCAUGGAGUUUGACAAUGAUGAAGAUUACGAUGUGAAGAACUGGGCAAUGCUCAACGAGCUGAACGCUGGUCUCUUUGAAGGCUUGACGUAUGAGGAGAUUGCCAGAAGAUUCCCUGGCGAGUAUAGAAAACGCGCUGAUGACAAGCUUCACUACACUUACCCGGGGGUUGGUGGAGAAGGUUAUCUCCAGGUCAUCGCUCGUCUGCGAGACAUGGUGAGGGAAAUUGAGCGCAUUGAGGACCAUGUCCUCAUCAUUGGACACCGGUCUGUCUGCCGUGUUCUUAUGGCAUACUUCAUGGAUCUCACCCGCAACGAGAUUGCCGACUUGGAUGUUCCCCUGGGCAUGCUCUACUCCAUUGAGCCUAAGCCUUAUGGUUACGACUUCCACGCUUAUCGCUACCAUGCGGACAAGGGAACCUUCUUUGAGGUUCCUAACUACCGACCCCAGCGCACUGUUGAUCGUGCCGCUUGA